AUGUCAACUUCUGACAGAUCCUUGCACCUUUCAGAUUCUUUCGGCAUCAGCUGUGGUACAGUCACCCUUGAUCCCAUUCGAAGAAAAGUGCUCUUGAUCCGAUGGAAGAAAACAGGAGAAUUCUUCCUCCCGAAGGGGCGCAAGAAUAUUGGCGAAACACUCGAAGAUGCCGCAUUACGAGAGACCUAUGAAGAAACUGGGUUCAGAGUGGCUCUCUUCCCUCUGCCUAUCCCUACCCUUGCAACACCAGCGACGGUAGAGGAUACACUUGAUGGCUCUAGCGUCGUUACAGAGCCAGUUGCUGUCAGUCAACGGGUGCGGGAUGGGAAACUCAAAAUUAUCUUCUGGUUUGCUGCGCGAGGAGAUGCUACCGCGAUGGCUGAUGCUGGGACACAGGAGGAAUGGGAGGAUUUUGAAUCGAUAUGGGCGGAUUACGCGCUGGCAGGCCCAACUCUGACUUUCGAUGAUGAUAGAUCGAUUGUUCGGGCGGUUCUUGAUAUGGUCUGCGAGACAUCGUCCGGCUGA